AUGUCGGCGACGUACCUGAACACCAUGAGGAGGAACCGUCACGGUCCCCGGGUAACACCGCCAGCAACUGACCUGACACGGUGGCGUCUGAUGGGGGAGGGGAGUCGUCAUGUGUGGGUGUACGUCGACGAGGAGCCAGACAGACCCCAGACAUUCAUAGAGAGGAACGCUGUUGGAUUGGAUACGACCGAGGAUGCUCCUCCGCUUCCCCCAGCCGGCACCGCCAAGGAGGCUGCCUAUAACGGCAUGAGGUUCUACGCUGGGUUACAGGCCGAUGACGGGCACUGGCCUCACGAAUACAGCGCGCAGGUGUUUCUUCUUCCAGUUUACGUGAUCGUCAGCUACAUCACCGACGCCCCUGCACCCGACCCGCAAAAGCUGGAGAUGAUCCGUUACAUGAGGUCCGUGCAGUGUCCUGAUGGAGGCUGGGGUCUUCACAAAGCUAGUCCCCCAUCUGUGAUGGGCUGCACUCUCGGCUAUGUAUGCCUCAGGCUACUCGGGAUUAGCGCCAACGAUCCCGAUCUUCGUCGAGCAAAGCAGUUGAUUCAACAGCUAGGAGGUCCUGUGUCUGUCCCGACCUGGGGGAAGGUGCUGCUGUCGGUCCUCAACGUCUACAGCUGGGAUGGCGUGCACUCCAUGUUUCCAGAGAUGUGGCUGCUGCCUGAGUGGCUGCCCUUCCAUCCCUCCAAGAUGUGGUGCCACACUCGAAUGGUCUACCUGUCGAUGGCCUUCCUCUACGGGAAGAGAUUUACAACUGCAGAAGAUGACCUCAUUCGGUCGUUGCGGAAGGAGCUGUACAGUGAAGACUACAAUCGCAUCGACUGGAAGAAUCACAGGGAGAACGUCAGCCUUGCCGAUAAAUUUGUUCCCAGAUCAUGGAUUUGUAACCUAACAUUUCGUGCCCUGGAUUUGUAUGAGCUAUGCUGUGUUCCGUCUGUCAGAGAGACAGCUGUACAGACCUGCUACAAUCAUAUCUGUGCUGAUGACGACGCCACGAGCUUCACAGGCCUGGGCCCGGUGAACAAGCUGCUGCAUAUGUUGAUACGCUGGAUGGAGGAAGGCAGCCAGUCUGAUGCCUUCAAGAAGCAUCGCGACAGAGUUCGGGAUUACCUGUGGUUGGGCCGAGAUGGUAUGAAGCUCCAGGACUACAAUGGAUCACACAUAUGGGAUACUGCACUCGCUGUUCUAGCUUUCAAUGAGGUGGGUUUCAAGUCCUGCCUACAGAAGGCCCACUCGUUCCUCAGGGACUCCCAGAUACAGCACAACGUCGACAAUUUCAGGGACCACUACCGCCAGGAGAGUAAGGGUGGGUUUCCCUUCUCCACGAGAGAAAAUUCCUGGAUUGUAAGCGACACAACGGCUGAGAGUCUCUCAGCCAUCCUCGUGACACAGGGAGGGCACGUUGUGCUGAGUCAGCCGGUUCCGAGGCACAAGCUUUGUGAUGCAGUCGAUAUGUUACUGGGCAUGCGCUGUGCAGAUGGAGGCUUCGCCUCUUACGAGACAACAAGAGGACCACCUUGGCUCGAGCUCUUCAACCCAUCGGAGAUAUAUGGCAACAUCAUGGUGGACUACACCUAUGUGGAGUGUACCUCGUCUGUCAUACAGGCGCUCAAACUCUUCACAGAUGAGUAUCCGGGUUACAGGGCAGAGGAAAUAAGGAUGACAAUCAAGAAUGGAUUAGACUUCAUCACAAAGGAACAGCGCCCUGAUGGCUCCUGGGAAGGGUCGUGGGGGGUCUGUUUCACGUAUGCUGGUUGGUUCGCGCUGGAAGCUUUCAGUUGUAUGGGAGAGAGGUAUUAUGGACAAUAUGCCCCGGAAACUGUGAUGAGAGGGUGCGACUUCCUGGUCAGUAAACAGAUGGAGGACGGAGGCUGGGGCGAGGACUUUGAGUCAUGUGAACAGGGGCAAUAUGUUCAAAGUGAAAGCUCCUGUAUCUUAAAUACCUGUUGGGCUCUGCUGGGAUUAAUGGCGGCCAGGUACCCAGAUAUGAACGUGAUGGAAAGGGGGAUUCGAUCUAUCAUGUCUCGUCAGCUGAACAACGGAGACUGGCCACAGGAGGGUGUGAAUGGAGCAUUUGCAAAGUCUGGCGCCAUCUACAGCGACAGCUACCGCAACAUCUUCUCCAUCUGGACACUGGGACGAUUCAGCCGGCUGUAUGCAGACAACCCCCUUGCUCAGUGCUCCUGA